CUUCCUCAACAUUAGCUCCUUUGACGUUAGCUUCUGGGCGUCGUCGGUUUCUUAUGAUAUAAACCGGUGAAUUAUUCGGUUCUCAGUCACCGGAAAUCUGUCCGGUAACGAGUCUCACUUCCGGGAUGAUUCCUACCGAAGAUGCGUCCGCGAGGAAGAGAGAGAUAGAAGAUAAACUGAAACAGGAACAAGAGACUCUGUCGUUCAUCAGAGAGAAUCUGGAGAAGAGUGAUCAGCUGACCAAUGGCAUGGUCUCCAUCCUGUCCUCGUUCGAGAGCCGCCUGAUGCAGCUGGAGAACUCCAUCAUCCCGGUGCACAAGCAGACGGAGAACCUGCAGCGGCUGCAGGAGAACGUGGACAAGACGCUGUCCUGCAUGGACCACGUCAUCAGCUACUACCACGUGGCCAAGGACACGGACAGGAUCAUCAGGGAGGGACCGACGGGCCGACUGGACGAGUACCUGGCGUGCAUCGCCAAGAUCCAGAAAGCUGUGGAGUACUUUCAGGACAACAAUCCCGACAGUCCGGAGCUCAACACAGUGAAAGCUCGUUUUGAGAAGGGCAAGGAGCUGCUGGAGGGCGAGUUCCGCAGCCUGCUGACCCGCUACAGUAAACCCGUCCCCCCCAUCCUCAUCCUGGACGCCAUCAGCGUGGACGAGGAGCUGGAGGUGCAGGAGGAGGUGCUGCUGGAACAUCUGCCCGAGGCCGUGCUCCAGGACAUCAUCUGCAUCGCCGGCUGGCUGGUGGAGUACGGACGCAACCAGGACUUCAUGAACGUCUACUUCCAGAUCCGGUCCAAUCAGCUCGACCGCUCCAUCAAAGGCCUGAAGGAUCACUUCCGUAAGAACAGCGCCUCCUCGGGGAUCCUCUACUCGCCCGCCGUGCAGACCAAACGCAAGGACACGCCCACCAAGAAGGCGCCGAAGAGACCAGGGACCAUUCGAAAGGCUCAGAACCUUCUGAAACAGUACUCACAGCAUGGGCUGGAUGGGAAAAAGGGGGGCUCUAACCUCACUCCUCUGGAAGGUUACGAUCACGACCCGCGGGUCAAACAUCACAGUGACGCUCUGACCGAGAAGCACGGGGCCGCCGCAGGGAAAGACGACGUCCUGGACAUCGAGAUCGACUCGUACAUCCACUGCAUCAGCGCCUUCGUGAAGCUGGCGCAGAGCGAGUACGCCCUGCUGACGGAGAUCAUCCCCGAGCACCACCAGAAGAAGACCUUCGACUCCCUCAUCCAGGAGGCGCUGGACAACCUGAUGCUGGAGGGAGACAACAUCGUGUCGGCGGCGCGCAGAGCCAUCAUGCGUCACGACUACUCCGCCGUCCUCACCAUCUUCCCCAUCCUCCGACACCUGAAGAUGAACAAGGCGGAGUUCGACUCCACGCUGCAGGGAACCGCCGCGAGCACCAAGAACAAGCUGCCCACGCUCAUCACGUCCAUGGAGACCAUCGGCGCCAAAGCUCUGGAGGAGUUCGCCGACAGCAUCAAGAACGACCCUGAUAAAGAGUACAACAUGCCCAAAGACGGGACCGUGCACGAACUCACCAGCAACGCGAUCCUGUUCCUGCAGCAGCUGCUCGACUUCCACGAGACGGCCGGCGCCAUGUUGGCGUCACAAGAGACGAGUUCCGCCAGCAGCUACACCUCCGACUUCAACAAGCGGCUCCUCAGCACCUACAUAUGUAAAGUUCUGGGAAACCUGCAGCUGAACCUGCUCAGUAAAUCCAAAGUGUACGAGGACUCCGCGCUGAGCGCCAUCUUCCUGCACAACAACUACAACUACAUCCUCAAGUCUCUGGAGAAGUCUGAGCUGAUCCAGCUGGUGACCGUGACCCAGAGGAAAGCUGAGAGUUCGUACCGGGAGCUGAUCGAGCAGCAGAUCCAGAUGUACCAGCGCAGCUGGCUGAAGGUCACAGAGCACCUGACGGACAGGAACAUGCCCGUCUUCCAACCUGGCACCAAGCUGAAAGAUAAAGAGCGACAAGUGAUAAAAGACAAAUUCAAGGGUUUCAACGACGGGCUGGACGAGCUGUGUAAGACUCAGAAGGGCUGGGCCAUUCCCGACAAGGAGCAGCGGGACUUCAUCCGCCGGGCGCAGAGGAGAGUGGUGUCGGACACGUACCGGGCCUUCCUGCAGCGAUGUGCCAACGUUUCUUUCACCAAGAACCCGGAGAAGUAUCACAAGUACCGACCGGAGGAGGUGGAGGAGAUGAUCGAGAAGCUGUUCGACACGUCCGCCUGAGAAGAGCUGGAACAGACUCGUCUUCCUGUCGCUUCUCUUCCACCGUCGUCCUGUCCGAUGAAUGAUUGAACAAAGAGGAACAAACGAUGUGUAAUUAUGUAAUUUAUCUGUCAAAUAAAGGGAAAUGUGAACUAA